AUGCCACUUUCGGCAGUGGCAGAGGCCAGACAGAUAGGGGCAGAAGCCGUGCAGGUAGUCGUAAAGAAGAAGUCUAGCAUCGCAAAGCGGGAGCAGACCGCCGCCAACGGAGCGGAGCAGAGGAAGAAGUCUGACGUCGCGAACUGGAAGCAGGCCACCGCCAAUCUCGGAGAGCAGAGGACGAACUCCAGUAUCACAGAGGCUUGGCGCCCCAGGUGGCUCGACUGGCCCGACACCGCGGCAAAAAAAGAGCAGAAGGCACGGGAAGCUCGAGACAAAGCAUUUGCGAAGCAAAAAGCUGAUGAGGAGAAACUUGAGCAGAAGAAGAGGAAAGCCGAUGCUGAAGCAGAGAAGAAGACGAAUGCGAAGAGAGCAGCGCAGGCUAAGAAAGCUUCACCAAAGCCACAGCCAAAGCCGCAGCCAAAGCCAAAGCCAGGCCCGUCUGGAGGUGGAAAGCGCAAGUAA